CUUACGGGCCAGUCAGGGCCAGUUGGCUACACUGAUGCAAAUGCGACUGUUGUAUGUAUCGUGUACUUUUGCCGGGUGUUAAAUGAUAUUUUAAUAUAUUAUUUUAUGUUUAUAUAAUCAAGAGAACGACAAUAUAUAAGUAUAAGGAACGAAUACAUGUCGCAAAGCCACAUUAUUAUUAUGAAAAAUAUUGAAAACUAAAAUUGUACAAGUAUCAAAAUGGAUGUUGAUCUAUAUGACGAGUUCGGAAAUUACAUCGGUCCUGACUUGGCCUCGGAAAGCGAGGAUGAAAAUGAGUAUGGCAACGUUGGUGAUGAUGCGGAGGAGACGCAAGAAGAAGACGAAAUGGAAGAGGACAAAGAUGAAUCACGCGAGCAAGCGGAUCAAGGAUCCUCUAUGGCAGUUGUAUUACACGAAGAUAAACGAUACUACCCUAGUGCAUUAGAAGUAUAUGGGCCUGAGGUAGAAACACUUGUGCAAGAAGAAGACGCGCAGCCAUUAACCAAACCGUUGAUAGCACCUACCAGAAAGCCAAAGUUCCAAAUAAAACAACAACAGUUGCCUGAGACGACUUACAGUAUUGAAUUCUUAGCAGAUAUGAUGGACGCACCGCAUCUAAUUAGAAACGUGGUUCUGUUGGGGCACCUUCAUCAUGGCAAAACAACUUUGGUCGACUGUUUAGUGCAACAGACGCAUCCUUAUAUACACAGUAUAACUGAUGAAAAGCCGCUGAGGUACACAGAUACAUUGUUUACGGAGCAACAGAGAGGCGUGUCUACGAAGGCGACACCUGUCACUCUCUUACUGCAAGACGUCAAGUCCAAGUCGUACCUCCUGAACAUAUUCGACACACCGGGCCACGUGAAUUUCUCCGACGAGGCAACAGCCGCGAUUCGCUUAUCGGAUGGCGCGAUACUGAUCGUCGACGCGGCAGAGGGCGUGAUGCUGAACACCGAGCGUCUGCUGAAGCACGCACUCCAGGAGAAGCUUGCUCUGACGGUCUGCAUAAACAAGAUAGACCGCCUGGUCCUGGAGCUGAAGCUGCCGCCAUUGGACGCCUACUACAAACUGCGGCACAUUAUCGAGGAGAUCAACGGACUGAUAGCGAUGUACUCCGACACGGAGAAUCCCGCCUUCGUCUCACCUGCCGUCGGGAACGUCUGUUUCGCCAGCUCCGAGUACGACGUGUGCUUCACUCUGAAAUCGUUCGCCGCGCUUUACGCCAAGAACUAUCCCGAGCUCAAUGCCAUCGAGUUUGCCAAGCGGCUUUGGGGUGAUAUCUACUUCAAUCCCAAGACGCGAAAAUUUACCAAGAAACCGCCGCACAAUACGGCGCAGCGUAGUUUCAUCGAGUUUAUUUUGGAGCCUCUGUACAAAAUAUUCGCGCAGGUCGUUGGCGAUGUGGACACGACAUUGCCUGACGUUCUCGACGAGCUUGGUAUACGUUUAACGUCUGAGGAGAUGAAGAUGAACAUACGGCCUUUGCUGAGACUCGUUUGCACGAGAUUCCUGGGAGAUAUGUGCGGACUAGUUGACAUGUGCGUCACCCACGUACCUAGUCCGCAAGCGCAUGCGCCCGUUAAAGUGCAGCAUGUCUACACCGGCCCGAUGGAUUCGAUGCUCGCACAGGAUAUGGUCAAUUGUGACCCAGACGGAAAACUGAUGAUACACAGUACAAAAAUGUAUCCGACCGAGGAUUGUACCCUAUUCGUAGUGCUCGGUAGAGUGAUGUCCGGUACACUGGAGGCGGGACAGCGCGUUCGUGUGUUGGGCGAAGCGUAUUCACGCACGGACGAGGAGGAUUCGCGCGUUCUCACGGUAGGCAGAUUGUGGAUCAGCGAGGCACGUUACUCGAUUGAGCUGAGCCGCGUACCCGCGGGCAACUGGGUCCUCAUCGAGGGUAUCGAUCGGCCGAUCGUCAAGACCAGCACUAUCACGGAUCCCAGUAACUCGGAAGAGCUGCACAUUUUCCGGCCGCUGAAAUUCAACACCCAGAGUGUCAUCAAAAUCGCCGUCGAGCCGGUCAAUCCGUCGGAGCUGCCGAAAAUGCUGGACGGAUUGCGGAAGGUGAACAAGAGUUAUCCGUUGCUGGGCACGCGAGUGGAAGAGAGCGGUGAGCACGUUGUGCUGGGAACCGGCGAGCUUUACUUGGAUUGCGCGAUGCACGAUCUACGGCGCAUGUACUCCGAAAUUGACAUAAAAGUGGCUGACCCGGUGGUUGCGUUUGCGGAGACCGUGGUGGAGACUAGUUCUCUCAAGUGUUUCGCUGAAACACCGAAUAAGCGCAACAAAAUAACGAUGAUAGCGGAACCGCUCGAGAGAGGCCUCGCCGAAGACAUUGAAGCCGAACACGUCCGCAUUACGUGGAACAAGAAAAGACUAGGAGAAUUCUUCCAAACUAAGUACGAUUGGGAUUUGUUAGCGGCACGAAGCAUAUGGGCAUUCGGACCUGAUUCCACUGGACCUAACAUCUUAGUAGAUGACACUCUACCUUCCGAGGUAGAUAAAACCUUGUUGAACAGUGCACGCGACGCUAUUAUUCAAGGCUUUCAAUGGGGAACUCGCGAAGGUCCUUUAUGCGAAGAGCCUAUCCGAAAUGUGAAAUUCAAGAUUCUUGAUGCCGUUAUCGCACAGGAACCGCUGCAUCGAGGAGGUGGUCAGAUAAUUCCUACCGCUCGCCGCGUCGCGUAUUCAGCCUUUCUUAUGGCAACUCCGCGGCUGAUGGAGCCGUAUCUGUUCGUUGAGGUGCAAGCGCCCGCGGACUGCGUGUCUGCCGUCUAUACCGUCCUGGCAAAACGGCGAGGUCAUGUGACGCAGGAUGCACCGGUUCCAGGCAGCCCAUUGUACACGAUUAAAGCCUUCAUACCAGCGAUCGAUAGUUUCGGAUUCGAAACGGAUCUACGGACGCAUACUCAGGGACAAGCAUUCUGUUUGUCCGUGUUUCAUCACUGGCAAAUCGUGCCCGGCGAUCCUCUGGACAAGAGCAUCACCAUUAGACCACUCGAACCACAACCGGCUACCCACCUGGCCAGAGAGUUCAUGUUGAAAACACGAAGACGCAAAGGCUUAUCGGAGGAUGUGUCCAUCAACAAGUUCUUCGACGAUCCUAUGUUGCUCGAGUUAGCCCGACAGGAUGUGCUGUUGAAUUAUCCCCUCUAAUUUAAUAAACCUGUAUUACAAGCGUAAUAACAAAUAUGUAAAAUAUAUUAUUACAUAUUAAUUUUUUUAUACAAAAAGUAUGAACAAAGAAAUAUACGCAUCUCCUAUGAUUUGAAAACUUGCACUUCCUUUCUUAUUAAACAAUUCUGAUAAAUCUUAAGGAACCAUUACAGGUGUAAUUUCGUAAUUAAAGAAUUAUUCUACAAGAACAAUAACAGUAAAGAUAACUUUUAGCAUGAAAACCUUGCCCAUUCAGAAGAAUAAUGUUUCAAAAAUUAUAUCAUAAAAAAGGAGAAAUAAAAUAAAAAAUAAUCUCU